AUGGCUACUUCACCUAUUACACUGAUUGACGAUAAUACUGGCGAUGAAACAUCAAAUUCGGAACUCAGUAUUUCCUCAAGCUCAUUCAAUACUUCUUCGCCUAAGACAUGCGGACGUAAUCGUAAUUAUAUUUGGUCUCAUUUUAUCGAUGAAGGCGAAGCAAAAACAGGUGGAUAUAGAAAAGCUCGUUGUCGGUAUUGCAAGAUAUUACUCAGUUACGCAAAAAUACCAAUGAUGUACAAUCACAUUGCCGGUCAAUGUGAUGCGCUGGUUAUACAAAAUCCUACUGCACGCAUUGAUACCAUCGCAAAGCUAACAGAAAUCGACCAACAAAAUCAAUCACCGAAGAGUGCAAAGCGUCUAGUCCAGUUGUACGACGCAUCAUCAACGAAGAAGCAAAUGAAAAUGGAUCAGUAUGGAUCUCGAAUCCUUUCUCCUAAUGAAAAACUCGACAUCGAUCGAACUUUAUUGAAAGCACUCAUCAUGAAUAGCAUACCUUUUCAAGUCGUGACCAGUGCUUACUUCUUAGAUUUAAUUCAAAAGUUAAAUCCAUCAUAUUGUCCACCGGAUAAGAUGAAACUGACGCGUCAAACCCUCAUGAAUGAACUUCUUUAUGUCGAAAAAAUGAAUGAUUCGAUUCUUACGGAAGCGUCUUAUUUAACACUUAAUCUCGAUGGAUGGACAGAUCAAAGUCAUAGAUCACUCUAUGAAUUCAACGUUAUUACUGAAAAUCGUCGUGCCGUUGUUCUGUCGCUUGUUGAUUUAAGUGCUUAUAGUCAUACUGCUGAGUUUCUGCUUGAACGUCUUGAAAUUGUUCUACGCAGAGCGUCGACAACAUUCAAUAUUGCUGAAAAGAUCGUUGCAAUUGUUACGGAUAACCCUAAUGUAAUGGAAAAACUGCGGAACUUAUUCAUCGCAAAGCCAGCUUAUCGGCAUAUUCUAGAUUUUCGUUGUUUCGCUCAUGCGAUCAACUUAAUCGCUGUGGAUGUCGUCAAACAUUCAACUGCUUUUAGAAUUAUUUCAAAAAUUACGACAAUCACAUCUUAUUCUAACCAUUCACACGCAUUCAAAGCCAAAUUAAAGGAAGAAUCAAUGCGACUUAAGUGCAAUAAAGAAACAUUAGAUACAAUCGUGGUGACGCGAUGGACAAGUGUCGCCGAUUGUCUUCGUUCUUUUCUUCUUUUAAAAACGCCCUUACAAAUGAUGGUGUCUAUCGAAAAGGACAACUUACCAGCAAAGAUUGUGAACAUUAUUUCUCAUCGGACAUUCUUUACGGACAUCGAGCAACUUUAUUCUAUCAUGAAAGUACUUUCUUAUGCAGUAACGUUGAUCCAAAGUCGAGGAGCAACACUAGCUGACUGUCAUUUAGUUCUUGCAUAUCUUUACGUCAUAACGAAUGAUUUUUCUAGUCAAUGUGAUUACGUCGAUUUCAACCGAUAUGUGAGCAAGGUUGCAAAAAUUCGUCUCAAAGAAUUUCAAAAUCCUUUUUAUCUCACAUGUUUUUAUUUGCAUCCUAAAUAUCGUGGAGCUGGUCUCCUUUCUGAAAGUCGAUCGACCGUUUAUCGCUGUAUUGCUGAAUACAGCAAGCUCAUCGGAAACAAUUCAUCGGUGACAAAAAAUGUGAUUGGUGCUCUUCAACGGUACGAAAUCAAAGCUGGACCGUAUUCAUUGAUUUACAGUAAGGGGGAUACUCCAUCAACCUGGUGGUGUAUGAUACGCGACCAUACUCAUGGAUCUUGUUUACAACAAAUCGCAUUACGUUUUCUUUCAAUUACUCCACACUCCGUUAUGCCAGAACGCCUGUUUUCCAUCCUCAGUUGGCAGCAUUCGAAACGAAGAAAUCGUUUAAGCCCAUUUACAUUGGAAGCAAUAGCCAAAAUCCAUACAUUCUACAAGCACAACUCGGAAGAUACUCAAGUUGAUAUUAAUAUAAUAGAAGAUGCUUUAGGUGAAGAAAUCAGAUCGGACGGUAACCUUUCUGACACCACCAUGUCUAAUACGACAGCAGAUGAAUUUCAACGAACUAUGAGUGAAUAUCAAGAAAUACUUCAAGAAAUGACACAAUCAGAUGUAAUUGACAUGAAAUCUGUGGAUGAUAAUGAUCUGCUUCGUAUGGAAAAAACGAUGAACAAAGACGAUCAAGAUCUUCAUGCAGUGUUUGUUGAAGCCGGUCUUUUUGAUCAACCAGACAAGUCGAAUUUCGAUGAAGAACAAGAGAUGACUGAAUGUGAUGAACAUGUCGAUGAUUAUGACGUAGAUGGUCUUUUGAGAGAUGCUAUGUCUCAUUAA